AAUUUUCCCUUUAAGUCAUGAAAAUGCGUAAAUAAACAAUAUUCCGACACAUUAAUCUUUAAAAAUGACUAUCUUAAACCGUUUAAAAUGUGGUAUACGGCUUUCAUUCGAUUCAUAAGGCGACGAAUUAUCUUAGCAUUGAUUCUGGCGUUCUCACUUUGUUACUGUGUCUUCAGUUAUGUGGGAAAAGGUGAUUUUCUCGAUGCAGACGAGGUCGAACCAGUGAGAAGGACGCAACCGUUCAUUUGGAGAACACUACAGCAACACAAUUCUACCAAUGAAGUCGAAGUCAAUUGUCGAAACUCAGUCCAGGGCAAAGUUCUAAUUGUUGAUGAUAGAGGGUAUGUUUGCCCCAGGCAAGAAGUUUUACUCAAUGGUUGUUGCAAUGAUGCCUCAUUGUCCUUCAACCAAUAUUCAUGUGAAACAUGCAAAAGCAACAACUGUUGCGCCAUUUAUGAGUUUUGCAUUUCUUGCUGUCUCCACCCUGAUAAGAAAGAUGUCCUGGAAUCUGUCUUAGGCAAAGCGGAACAGACGAACGUCCUGUUUGCAUCAGUAACAGAUCAUUUUGAGCUGUGCCUAGCAAAGUGCAGGACGAACUCGCAGAGUGUUCAACACGAGAAUUCGUACAAAGAUCCGAGGGCGAAACACUGUUAUGGGGAGCUGAGCCCUGGCAGUAAUGUUGAAAACGAAGUUUAAUGAAUUUUCAGCGUGGGAAUGUUAGUUUUUGUAAUAUCCGACUACUUAGCUUAGGCUGAUAUGUACCUUUUUUUAGUGUUUUUGUUGCAUAUUAUAAAAACUGUUGUUAUAUCUUCAAGUAUAUCAAUUUAAAUGUUUCUGAGUAUAUUUUUUUAGUUUGUGUUUGGUGAGUUGUUCCAUUACAAUGUAAAGUUAUAAUCCACUGUAACACUGUAAUCUGUGAUAAAUGUCUUUGUUCCCCUAAAUGCCAAAUCUUUAUUUUGUUUAUGACACUAACUUAAUAUUACCAAUAAUUUUUGUUAUGGAAAGAAUACUUGAAAAUAUAAUAAAAAGCAGCAAUUGUAUAUUUAUUUGGUACUAAUUUAGUUGUGAUAAAACUAAAAUAAUAUUGUUGUGCAUUUAGUUUCUUUUAGAUCGUUAUAUUACAUUCAAAUAAAGAAUAAUAGUAAUUAAACAUUUUCAA